AUGUCUUUAAGGUUGGAACAAUGCACUAUUCACACAAACGAUGUGACUGAUCCACUUGAGCAGGACGACUAUUACGUCUACCUAUGCCCGCCGUACUGGAAAAGGCCCGAUAAUCUUAGCGGUUACAUGAAGAAGGUCAAAGAUGGCAAGGCAAGGACAGACGUUAUUGAUGACGCUGCUUAUACCACGACGAGUCUAUGGAACAGCAUACUCUACAAGAGUAACCCCGCAGCCAAGAAAAUCAGCCUUGACGAUGCCGCGAAUUCGCCGCCAGACGUCUACAAGCUCGCACAGGACAAGGGUGUCUCAAAAAGUAUUGCGAACGGUAUGUGGAUGCUGAACAACAUCCCCUCACUGACCAAGAUCCCCCUCCCUGCCGGCAUCUCCACCAAGCGAAAACGCUCACGCCUCACAAUCAUCGACGACCCCAUCCCCGAUACCGAAGCCCCCGCCCCUGCCCUCGCCAAAGCCAAGCGCGCCGACAACCCCACCCCCACCGGCCCCUUCGAAACUAUCAUUACACGCACAUCGAGCGUCUCCUACGCCUACGAGAAUCAAGCAACAGAAUCUUGGUUCACUGUCGAGAGUUCGUAUGAUUCCAACGCAGAUCCGACGAUUGCGCCGGAGGAGUUGUCGGCGUUCUUAAUGCCUACGGUUCCGGCUGGCGCGGGACAGACGGGCGCACCUGUCUGCCAGGUGGGGAAUUAUGCGGAUCAGGCGACUUGUGGGAGUGCUUGCGAUGGUGGCACGUGUAAAGAGGAUCCGACUGCUAGUUUUGAUCCUUGGAAGUGUAGUUGUGUGUGA